AGGGGGUAUUCGGUGAUACCCCACGUGGAUAAGGCACCCGAGGCUCCCGUCCAGGGCCUGUAGAUUUAUGUCGUCCCUGAUUACUGUGGCCUGCGGUGCCUCUGGACAAGCCGCCUCCGCCCUGCACGCCAUGGCUCUCCUGCAAGUACACCAAGCCAAGGCGCUAAAAGAACUGCACGUGGGUAGUUCUGACACAGGAUUGAUGCAGGAACUGUGCUUGGCGACCGAAGCGAUGACCGAGGCGAUGAAGGUCACGGCGCGGUCUCUCGGGCAGGCGAUGUCCACCCUUGUGGUCCAGGAGCACCACCUUUGGCUCAACUUGGUCGAGAUGGGAGAGGCGGACAAGGCACGGUUCCUUGACGCCCCCAUUUCCCAAGUUGGCCUGUUUGGCGAUGCUGUCGAGGACUUUGCCCAGCAGUUCUCAAUGGUGAAGAAGCAGACGGAGGCCUCACAACAUAUCCUUCCCUGGCAUGGCUUAAGACCCCACACCCUGUCUGCUUGUCACCAAGGGUGUCCUCCUACAGCAACAACACCGGCUCCGCCGCAGCCCGCCCCCGUGGCCCGGCUCCGGCGUGGAGCCCUCCGCAGGAAGCAGACGCCAUCUGUCUCACGGCCGGCCGCUAAGAACCUGAGGAAAGCUUCGAAGCACCCCAGAGACGGGCGACCCAGAGGCGAGGAGACCCACUUCUCUGGGGCCGGUCGACAGACCACUCCAUUCCCCGGUGGAGAGCCGGGAGGAGAAUCUUUUGUUGCCGCAUGCCCAGAAGGCUGCAGCACCCAAAAGCCUGACAAAAGAAUGAUUCUCUUGUCUCCUGGGUCACAUAUCCGGUGCGCACGGCCAUCGUCACGACUACCGUCCACCGUCCCAUUUUGACAGGUAUGGUGCUCCAGCGGCAGAUCCCCCCCGCCCCUGUGAGCCCAGCUGUGGCUCAAACACGCCCACACGGGAUUGGUGGACUACGGGGACAAGAUUCCUCCUCCCCCCUCACCGGCCAAUCUUAUGGUGGGCGGCAGAAGCCUGGUAAAUGCUUCGAUAUCCCUGGACUCAGCAUGGCCACGGGGCUCGAGUCCCCUCGACGUGGCACCUUGAGCUCCACCCCGCCACGAGGCCCCACCCGCCGGUACGUCUGACGUGAUCAUUCCCUUGGUACCCCUCACCCGGAGUUUGGGCGCAUGGCUCACGCUUUCCAACCUGUCACGAUGGCUGACCUGGACCGCCCGACUCGGCUACACGAUUCAGUUCGCCAGGCGCCCGCCCAGGUUCAACGUCGUCCGCUUCACCUCAGUGAAGGGUCGAGAAUGCCGCUACUUUGCGUGCAGAAAUCGCUACCUCUCUGCGCAAGGGCGCGAUAGAGCCUGUCCCUCCAGCCGAGAUGAAGAAUGGGUUCUACAGCCCUUACUUUAUCGUACCGAAGAAAGGCAGUGGGUUGUGACCAAUCCUGGACCUGCGAGUACUGAACCAGGCUUUGCACAGACUCCCGUCCGAGAUGCUGACGCAAAAACACACUCUAACGAGUGUCCGGCAUCAAGAUUGUUUCGCGCCGGUAGACCUGAACGACGCGUACUGCCACGUCUUGGUUUUGGUCUCGACACAGACCCUUCCUGCGGUUUGCCUUCAAAGGCCAGGCGUACCAGUAUAAGGUCCUCCCCUUCGGCCUGUCCUUGUUCCCUUGCGUCUUCACGAAGGUCGCAGAGGCAGCCCUUGCCCCGCUAAGGGAAGUGGGCAUCCGCAUCCUCAACUAUCUCGAUGACUGGCUAAUCCUAGCUCACUCUCGAGAGUUGCUGUGCGCACACAGGGACCUCUUGCUCUGGCACCUCAGCCGACAGGGGCUUCGGGUCAACUGGGAAAAGAGCAAGCUCUUCCCGGUUCAGAGCAUCUCUUUUCUCGGUUUGGAGUUGGACUCAGUCUCGAUGACAGCGCGCCUCAUGAACGAGAGCGCGCAGUCAGUGCUGAACUGUCUGAAGGCAUUCAGACGGAGGACAGCGGUUCCACUGAAACUUUUUCAGAGGCUCCUGGGACAUAUGGCAUCCUUAGUGGUGGCCACACCGCUCGGGUUGAUGCAUAUGAGACCGCUUCAGCAUUGGCUUCAGACUUGAGUCCCGAGAUGGGCAUGGCGCCGCGGGACACAUCGCGUGACCAUCACGACAAUCUGUCACCGCCUCUUCAGCCCUUGGACCGACCUUGCAUUUCUACGGGCAGGGAUUCCCCUAGAGCUGGUCUUCAGGCACGUUGUGGUUACAACAGAUGCCUGCAAGACGGGCUGGGGUGCCUGAUGCAACGGGCACACAGCCGCUGGCUCCUGGACUGGCCCGUGGCUGAGUUGGCACAUCAACUGCCUAGAGUUAUUGGCAGUACUGCUCACCCUGCGGAGGUUUGAUCCAGGGAAAGCACGUGUUGGUCCGGACGGACAACACAGUGAUGGUAGCAUACAUCAACCAUCAAGGCAGUCUACGCUCCCGUUGCAUGUCACAACUCGCCCGCUGUCUCCUCCUCUGGAGUCAGCAGCACCUCAAGUCGCUACGAGCCACUCACAUCCCGGGCGACCACAACACUCUAGCAGACACGCUGUCAUGUCAGGUUACCCUCAGGGGAGAGUGGAGACUCCACCCUCAGGUGGUCCAGCUGAUUUGGAGUCGAUUCGUUCGAGCACAGAUAGACCUGUUUGCUUCCCGGAAAUCUUCCCACUGCCUGCUUUGAUAUGCCCUGACCGAGGCACCCCUCGGUAUAGAUGCGCUGACACACAGCUGGCCCCCUGGACUACGCAAAUAUGCAUUUCCCCCAGUGAGCCUACUGGCACAGACCCUGUGCAAGGUCAGGGAGGAAGAGGAGAAGGUCGUCCUAGUAGCAACCUACUGGCCCAACCAGACAUGGUUCUCAGAUCUCACGCUCCUCGCGACAGCCCCCCCCCUGAUGAAUUCCCCUGAGGAAGGACCUUCUUUCUCAGGGAUGGGGCACCAUCUGGCACCCGUGACCAGACCUCUGGACUCUCCACAUCUGGCCCCUGGACGGGAUGCGGAAUACCUAAGUGGCCUACCACCCGCGGUGGUAGACACGAUCACUCAGGCUAGGGCUCCCUCUGUAUGCCUUGAAGUGGCGUCUGUUCGCUAAGUGGUGUCCUCCUCGACGCGAGGACCCCUAGAGAUGCGCAGUCGGAUCGGUGCUUUCCUUCCUGCAGGAGAGGCUGGAGGAGCGGCUGUCCCCGUCCACCUUGAAGGUGUAUGUAGCUGCUAUUUCGGCUCAUCAUGAUGCAGUAGACGGUUGAGAAUGCAGUCAGCCAGCGGAAGACAGGGACAUAUUGCACAGAUACUCAAAGAAAGUGGAAUGCAGGAAGGAAGAAUGCAGGACAGAGAAAAAUCACACAAAUUCAUUUUAAACGUCACAAAGCAUCUCACUAUUACUACAGUCUCUCUACUUCAACAAACCAACAAACCAGGUGAAGUGCCCAUUCAAGUGCUCCAAAUCACUUACCGAAUUUCUGAACCAGCCAAAUGGAGAAAUCAAAUCCCUGGGUGAUGGGCAAUUCAUAAUAAAUCCAAAUGGUACAAAUGGGUAUUACCUCCAAAGCCAGUUAACCAUGUUGUGCCUGAAAACUCAAACAUGCAAACUACUUAUCUGGACACCACAUGAAGACCUGGUGAUAGACAUUCCUUUUGAUGAGGUGUACACAAUAGCUGAGGUGAAGCAUCUCAGAGAGUUUUAAUUUUUAAACAUGUUGCCCAAAGUUGUAGAUGACUUUGGGGCAGGCAAAGUACAGCUGUGCAAGAGGUAUGUUCAAUUGUUCAAUUGCUGAAAAAGCAGUGAGAACAGUGUGAAUAAACAGUGGAAAACUACUACACUAAAAUAUCAAAGGCUAGAGUGAUGAAGAAAAUAUCACAGUAAUUAUUUUUCUGUUGUUUUAAAUGUGUAUAUAGUUAAUCUAAAAUGAAGAGGCUAUGUAAAUGAAGAGGAUAUGGAAGAGUAUUUAUCUUUUAUUAUCUAGAUAAAUGUGAAAAGGUUUAAAUAAGAUAUGAAUAUGUAACUUGACAGAAUUGAACAUUGAUUGUAUGUUUCAAAUGAACAAGAUCAGAGGACAUAUGAGCCUUUUCCUAUAUGCACAACAGUUAAAAUUCAGUAACAGUAAUAGACUUUGACUAUUUAUAUAUUAAAAGGUAAGUUCAUCUAAAAAUGAAAAUU